AUGGGGACCAAAAGUGCUUGGAGCUCCCACUCCCUCCCACCUGGCCCCACCUGGGGUCCAGGGGUCGGCCGGCUCUCAGGCCUUGGCUGGCGGCUCCCACUGCAGCAGCUGGACCCUGAGAACACAGGCUUCAUCGGUGCAGACACCUUCGCCGGCCUGGUGCACAGCCAUGAGCUGCCCCUGGACCCAGCCAAGCUGGACAUGCUGGUGGCCCUGGCCCAGAGCAAUGAGCGGGGCCAAGUCUGCUACCAGGAGCUGGUGGACCUGAUCAGCAGCAAGCGCUCCAGCAGCUUUAAGCGAGCCAUCGCCAAUGGACAGCGGGCAUUGCCCCGGGACGGGUUGCUGGACGAGCCAGGCCUGGGUGUCUACAAGCGGUUUGUGCGCUACGUGGCCUAUGAGAUCCUGCCCUGUGAGGUGGACCGCCGCUGGUACUUCUAUCGGCACCGCAGCUGCCCGCCCCCUGUGUUCAUGGCCUCGGUCACCCUUGCCCAGAUCAUCGUGUUCCUGUGCUAUGGGGCCCGCCUCAACAAGUGGGUGCUGCAGACCUACCACCCCGAGUACAUGAAGAGCCCCCUGGUGUAUCACCCCGGGCACCGCGCCCGCGCCUGGUGCUUUGUUACCUACAUGUUCAUGCACGUCGGGCUGGAGCAGCUGGGGUUCAACGCCCUUCUGCAGCUGAUGAUCGGGGUGCCCUUGGAGAUGGUGCACGGUCUGCUCCGCAUCAGCCUGCUCUACCUGGCGGGCGUGCUCACAGGCUCUCUGACGGUCUCCAUCACUGACAUGAGGGCUCCUGUGGUGGGAGGCUCUGGCGGGGUCUACGCCCUGUGCUCGGCACACCUGGCCAACGUCGUGAUGAACUGGGCUGGGAUGAGGUGUCCCUACAAGCUGCUGAGGAUGGUGCUAGCCCUGGUGUGCAUGAGCUCCGAGGUGGGCCGGGCCGUGUGGCUGCGCUUCUCCCCGCCGCUGCCCGCCUCAGGCCCGCAGCCCAGCUUCAUGGCGCACCUGGCUGGCGCGGUGGUGGGGGUGAGCAUGGGCCUGACCAUCCUGCGCAGCUAUGAGGAGCGCCUGCGGGACCAGUGCGGCUGGUGGGUGGUGCUGCUGGCCUACGGCACUUUCCUGCUCUUCGCUGUCUUCUGGAACGUCUUCGCCUAUGACCUGCUGGGCGCCCACAUCCCCCCGCCACCCUGACCACUCCCAGGGGCCACGCAGGCCGGGGCUCGGGCACAUGAUGGCCGGCCUCCAGGUGGGCCUCCGCGUCUGCCUUCCAUGAAUGGACGUCUCAGGGCUGCUGCGCCCAUGGGGCAGUCGGUCCUGAGUGCAGGCCAAGGCUUACCUCAGCCCUGGCCACCCCUGCCAGGCCUGGGAGAGGGCUGCUGGGCUGUGGCUGGGGGGGGGGAGGUCACCAAGGUGGCCUCCGAGGAGAUCCCGUCCCACCCACUCCAGCCCAGGACUUGCAGUCUGAGCCUUUCUGGAGAAUGAAUAAAUAUUGUACACGGCA